UACUCUUGCACGGUACUGCAUACUUGUGCCUACUGACGCCCCUCUCAGCUCCAGUGGCCUGUAGCAACAACGCCCAAGUACUAUUUAUACAAGUUUAAAGGUCAGUAUACAUGUACAUUAUCAAAUUCGAGUACUGGUUGACUAUCCCAAAACACACUUCCUUUCAGUAACAGUUCACACGUUUCUGAACAGUAGUGUACGUGUAUGUAUGACAAUAAUUCAGUCAUGGCUUCCCAACUCGGAGUGAACAAAGUGUUCCUCUGGAGUACUCCGCGUUGUGUAUCAACGGCUUUCGCAAAAUGCAUGAGCUUUGUUGAUGCAAUACAAAUUGUGCACGAACCCUACCUCUGUGCCUUCCUUCUAGAUGUUGCGAGAGACAAACCACAAAAUCCCACUGAACAAGAGAAAAUGAUUGACGAUCGAACAUACGAGGUGUUAGAUCCGUCCGUGGACGCUGGAGAAAGCUUCGACGAGAAGACAUGCACCUUCAGCUGGAUCAAAGACGAGUUGCUGUCAGAGAAACAUUAUCCAGAUAAGAAGAUCAUCUUCUGUAAAGAUGUCGCUCAUCAUCUGGCAGGAAAGUACGACAUGCUUCCCGAAGGAUUCAAGUACAGCUUUGCCAUUCGGCAUCCUGCUAAAGUCUACAUGUCUCUGAAGAUACUUCUUACGCGAUUUUACGGUGGAGAGAUCGACCUGCUGAAGCUGCCACUUUUUCCAUCCGGGUUCGGCUACAAAGAGCUCAGUGACUUGGUGGAUUACGUCAGAUUGAACUUGGAUCCCACCCCAACCAUUGUUGAUACAGAUGACCUACUGGCUGACCCGUCUGGAAUCCUACCUGUCUAUUGCGAGAAGACGGGCAUCCCUUAUAGUGACACUCUCUUAUCUUGGCCUGCAGGGAGUGACAUUGUGAAGCAGUGGAAGAUAGCUAAGUAUCUUGUGAAAGGUGACAAGUUGCUGGGUUUCUACAAAGCAGCUUUUGAGAGUACAGAGUUCUUGAAGCCCGAACCGCCACCUGUCAUAGACACAUUACCAGAAGACGUUCAGAAGUGUGUCAAGGCAACUUUAGGCUACUAUGACAAAUUACGUAAAGAUAGAAUUUCGGCAUUGCCGAGGAAAUAGCAAUUGUUUUUGGAAUGAAAAUAACUAUUGGAAAACUGACAUUUCCUGACUUCUUUAAAUGACUUUACAAAUGCUACAGUAAACAUUUAUCCUGUAUUUACAGACGACUCAAUCUGAUUUACAAUCAGGAAGACAUAAAUAUUUUAAUUAACAUGGUUAACAAAGAUCUCGUUCGAACCUCUAAUUGGAUUAGAUCUUUAACAUUAAAAGGAAUACCUGAAUAUUAUUUAUUUAUAUGUCAAACUCUUUACCAAAGAACAUUUACGUUUAUUGGUAAUACAUGUAGGCCUACAUGUACUAACUUUGGUAACAAAUUUCACCGAAUUUCUUAUAUUUGUUUUCACUGAUCGUGAUCCAGAUCCGUGUGAAACAAAAUACGGCCAUAAUUCUUAAUGAUUUCCCUUCUCUCAAUGAGAAGAUACUAAAAGCUAGCGACACACUUUCAGCUUGGACUUUUCAUGUUCAAGUUAACAAAAACUACUUGCCAGCCUGAGGCUACAGUGAUGCUCGUGUACAUUUUAACCCCCCCCCCAUUUCUUCUUAGCUAUUGUCCAAACUUCCAUUGUCAAAAAAGCGUUGAAUUUGAAGGACCCAAUUAUAGACUUCUUUAAAUAAAUCCUUGCAAAGUUUAGCAUCCGAGUCCAAUUUCAAAUUUUAAAUUCAAACAGUUUAUUCUCAGUUAAAGAAAAAGUAGCCUUGCCGAUUAUUUUCAAUGUUUUAUUGAUUUUCUUUAAAUAUUUAUAAUUUAUUAUCAUCAAGGGCAUAAUUUCUUUGUUGUAUUUUUACAAAUUGAUGAUGAUAUACGAAUGGUAUACGAAUCCUGCAUUUACGUUGAUAUACAUGUACAUUAAA